AUGGCACUCCAAAAACUACGGACCUUCUUUUCAGGAAAACAAGCCCUCCCAUUUCAUGUCUUAUCAGACCUACAUCUAGAAGUCGAUCAGCAAUACGCUUCUUUUGAAUUCCCAGUCUGUGCAAACUACCUCAUUCUAGCCGGAGAUGUCGGGUGCCUAGCGGAUUAUGACGCAUACCUAUAUUUCCUACAAAAGCAGGCUGAGCGGUUUGUAACUGUGUUCCUCGUUUUAGGGAAUCAUGAAUUCUACAAAGAGUCUUUCGAAUCAGGCGUUGAAAAGGCUAGGCGGCUUGAAAAAGAGCCUUGUCUUAAUGGCCGGCUUGUUGUUCUUCAUCGGAGACGGUACGAUGCCCCGGAUUCUAAUGUCACUAUCCUCGGCUGUACGCUUUGGUCCAGGGUUUCGGAGAGAUCAAGCGACAAUGUCCGGCAGAAGGUUCAAGAUUUCCACCAGAUAGAAAAUUGGGCCAUCGACAACCACAAUGCAGCGCAUGAUGCAGAUUCGGAAUGGUUACUACGAGAGCUUGAAGCAAUACAGGAAGAGAAUCAAAAAACGGGGAAGGGCCAGAAACGUUACGUUCUGGUCGUGACGCACCACGCGCCUUUGACUCAAUUGACAUCCAGCCCGCGAAAUGAAAAUAGUUCUAUAUCGCCUGCGUUUGCGACUGACAUACUUUCGGACAUUCCAAAGUUAGAUGGUGUCAAGGCAUGGCUAUUCGGACACACGCACUAUUCAACAGAAUUCAAAUACCGGGGGAUAAAAGUUGUUAGCAAUCAACGGGGAUAUGUGCUUAAUGGGCUCCGUCUGGGGGAUAAGGCAAAUAGAUUUAAUCCUCUUAAGGUCAUCCAUAUAUGAUAAAGUGUUAUCGUAUCAUGAUGAUUGCAGACUACAUAGCUAUUCAUUACCCUUUGUGGCCACGCUUUAGGGCACAUCCUCAGGGCUUCCCUGGCCCGUGCAGAUCCGAUAUUUUCCCGC